ACUCCUCGGCCAUUUUAUCGAAAACAACCUCGGAUGUAUGCCGGUACAUCUGUUGAAGUAGUUCGUAAAAUUUUGAAUUAUAUCAUUAGUUAAAUGUAGUGUUUUAGAGUUGUAUUUAUUGAUCUAAGUUUAAAUUUAUUGUCAUUGAAUUGUAUUAUAGCAAACAUAAUGAAGAAUCCCAAGAGUUAAGUCACAAAGUUUAACUGCUAAAUAAAAUUACUACGCGAUCUACUUGCAGCGGACUUAAACGUACCACUUUUUGAGUGUGUAAACCAUCCAUAUACAUCCGAGGUUGUUUUCGAUAAAAUGGCCGAGGAGUUCCGAAUGGGGUUGUAACUUCAAAUUUGCAAAAAAGUACGAUGACAAGACAUCAACUCCUGAAAGGGAUGAUGGAUUUAAAUAUUUUUGGGCAGUCAUAUUUUACGUUUACAUGUUAAGAAAAUAUAAGAAGACAAAAUCCUACAAUUUCCGCAAAUGAAAUUGCAGAAAGUUGUGUUGGGCGUCUGUGACGUGACGGGUGAAUAUUGUACAAAUGACAACCAGUGCGAUCAUGGUUGCUGUGAAUACCGAUGCUGUGCACAACCCAUGCGAUCGGCGUCCAUGAUCGGUGGGGUGAUCGGUGGCGUCGUGGCGUUUGCGCUGCUGAUCACCUUCAUUAUCUGCUGUGUCUGUAUGUGCGGUAAAAGCAGGGGACACGUGGGGCACACGCACGGGGGACAAGCGAACGUCAACGCCGUCUACGUUCAAAACACUGCAUCGUACGGACAGCCCAUGGAGACCAGGUUGCCGCCAGGGUACCAUACACCGCAUAUGUUUACCGGAAGUAGCCAGCAGUCGCACAUGCAUCCGGGAAACCCAGGGUCCGCCUUCCCCCUGUCUCCCGGGUACGAGCCCGGUUAUCCCCCGGGCCAAGUUUAUCCCCCGCCCCCGGCAUACUCCCUGCCCCACCCUGGAGCAACCGGAAACCAUGAGCAGCAGAGCAAGUUUUAAUCAUAAAAGAAAACAACAACUUUACCGAUUGUCUUAUUUAUCAACUCAUACU